AAGGCCCUUUCUUCUCCAACUGCUGCCGCGCGCUUUCUGGAAGCUUCGGAUCGGCGUUGGUGGUUCAGGUUCCGGGACUGGGGGAAAAGAAUCCAUCUCCAUCGGAAGACUGAGCGGCCAUCCGGGCGCAGACAUGCCGGAGAACGCAAGCACAAAGGGGGCCUUUCUGAAUGCGGCCACAGGGAACCGCAACCACGGCGGCAAUCGCGGUUCUUACCAGGAUAAAGAUAAGCCCGCUCAGAUCCGCUUCAGCAACAUUUCUGCGGGCAAAGCGGUUGCGGAUGCUGUCAGGACAAGUCUUGGGCCAAAGGGAAUGGAUAAAAUGAUCCAAGAUGGUAAAGGUGAUGUGACAAUCACAAAUGAUGGUGCAACAAUUCUGAAGCAGAUGCAGGUUCUUCAUCCUGCAGCCAAAAUGGUAAGUAAUACAUAGUUUUUAAAUUUAUGUCAAUGCAAAAACUAAAACCAAAUUACACUAGCUACUAUGAUGGUUAUAUUCCUUAUAGCAGGGGUCCCCAACCACCGGUCCCUGGACCGGUACCGGUCCGUGGAACAAAAGAAGAAUCAUACAUCCAUAAUGAGUAUUGUAGGAAAGGAAGCUUUGCAGCUUUGUGUGAAAUUCUUAUACAAUGGACAAACAAAAGGCAUGUUAAGUAAAUCUUUACUGCUCCUUCAGGUUGUGUCGCAGUAUUCUAGUCUCCUUUCUCCAAUGAGUGUUGAAGCUGUGAUGAAGGUGAUAGAUCCAACUACAGCUAGCAGCGUGGAUCUUAGAGACAUUAAAAUUGUUAAAAAACUUGGGGGCACAAUUGAUGACUGUGAACUCGUUGAAGGGCUGGUCCUUACACAAAGAGUGGCCAAUACUGGAGUGACCAGAGUGGAAAAAGCUAAAAUAGGUCUCAUUCAGUUUUGCUUAUCUGCUCCAAAAACAGAUAUGGAUAACCAGAUUGUUGUUUCUGACUACACUCAAAUGGAUAGAGUCUUGCGUGAAGAGAGAGCCUACAUUCUGAAUUUAGUUAAGCAAAUUAAGAAGACAGGUUGCAAUGUAUUACUCAUUCAGAAAUCCAUUUUACGGGAUGCUCUAAGUGAUCUGGCUCUACAUUUCCUGAACAAAAUGAAGAUUAUGGUGAUCAAAGAUAUUGAAAGAGAAGACAUUGAAUUUAUAUGUAAGACUAUUGGAACUAAGCCAGUUGCUCAUAUUGAUCAGUUCACUGGUGACAUGCUGGGAUCUGCAGAACUUGCAGAAGAAGUUAAUUUAAAUGGAUCUGGAAAGCUAGUUAAGAUUACAGGCUGUGCUAGCCCUGGAAAAACAGUAACAAUUGUGGUACGAGGGUCUAAUAAACUGGUGAUCGAGGAGGCUGAGCGUUCCAUCCAUGAUGCUUUGUGUGUUGUCCGUUGUUUGGUCAAGAAAAGAGCCCUAAUUGCAGGUGGUGGAGCACCAGAAAUAGAGUUGGCAUUACGCUUGAAUGAAUAUUCUCGUAUUUUAAGUGGCAUGGAAUCUUACUGUGUUCGUGGCUAUGGAGAGGCUCUGGAAAUUAUUCCAUCUACCCUGGCUGAAAAUGCAGGCCUUAAUCCGAUAUCCACUGUUACAGAGUUGAGAAACAGACAUGCACAAGGAGAGAAGACUGCUGGCAUUAAUGUCAGAAAGGGUGGCAUUUCAAAUAUCUUGGAAGAGCUGGUGGUCCAGCCUUUAUUGGUGUCGAUCAGUGCUCUCACCCUAGCUACAGAAACAGUUCGCAGCAUUCUGAAGAUUGAUGAUGUGGUAAACACUCGAUGAAAUGACUAAAGGAAGGGGCAGUACUCUUUAACUAGUACACUAUCCUAUGUUUGGAACUUGGCUCCUGCAUUAGACACCUACUUAACUUGUGGUUGUGUUCAUGUUUUGUCAAUCUAAGUUAAUAAAACCUCAACUUCAAAAGACA